AGGUUCUCUCUUUUUAUAAUUUUUACCCGUCAAGCUCAUCAACCUCAAGGUCUUCUGUCACUUGCUUCUAUUUUGAGAUCAUGAGCGCACUUAGAUUCUAAGAGAAGAUGGUCCGGUGGCGUCCGAUCGCUUUGCUGGUGCUCACAAGCACCAGCUUGUUGCUUGGUGUGUUUUGCUGCCUCUUCUGUUAAGGGUUCUUCCUUCGGAUGUAGUUCUUUCGGAAUGUGAUGCCGAAUCCUACAUUCCGAAACUUCGUCUCCUCUAACUCUGGGAUCUAGAUUUGGGCCUGUCGCUGAACAAAUCCCUCGGCAAUUGGGUCGCGACGAACCUUGCGGUUCUCUACGUGUGGCAAGACCAGGCUUCUACUUCUGACAGCAUAGAAGUUGUACAAGAAGUAGAGACCACGGGCAAAAAAGCACCAACUACAUCUUCUUCUUCGACAUAUUCGUCUUCUGCAAAGGAUGAACAACAAGGAGAAGAACGAGAUGAUGACAACAACAUCAGCAUUAACCUCCAACGAAGUAGCACUAGUGCAGAUGCAAGCGCUAGUGGUGAAGACGAGACUCUGAGCAUCCAUGUUGACGCCGUGGCACGAAGUUAUCUUUUUGGGCAAACAGAGGAGGAGGAAGACGGUGCAGGACGUCAGGAGGAAGACGAUCAGAAGCAUAGGUUAAGGCAUGGACUCAGGAGCAUAGACCCAAUCCAUCAAUCCAUUUCUAGUUACUAGUAUAAAAAUUGAAGAUCGACGAGAUCGAGAUCCAUCUCUAGCAGGACUUUAUUUAAAAGGUCUUUCCGCUCUGUUACCUGAAGUAGUGGUGCAUACUGUUAUUAAAGAUCUUCUCGCAAGUGCAACCUUCUGUAUCAUAAAUGCACACGACCAACAGCACAAGGGGAAUGCUGAGAUUACAUUUUGUUGCGGAAUCCACACAGGGAGUUACUAGGAUCCCUACAGGGACUUGCGGGAAAAUCUGUCUUUGAUAAGAAAUGUCUUUUGAUACAGAGAUGAAUAAUCCUAAUCCUGAUGCUGCAUCAGUGAUGCAGGGAUAAAAAGCUCUAAGAACAAGACAUAGAGGAAAUUUUAGACGUGUCGGUCGCAACUGGGAGAACCACGAGGGCGUAGACAAGUCUAUGGAGGACGAGGACGUAGAACUAGAUCAAGAAUUUGCCAAUCAUAGCAAUCUUUCUUCAUCCGGAAACUUCACCACCACAUCUUCUACUUUGGUCAGAGAUGAAAAUGGAAAUCAUACGAGGACUUACAACACCAGUGAGGACCACAACGUUUAUCAGGUCGUCCGGGACCACGACGUCGAACAACAGCAGGUGGAACACUUUGCCUCCGCGUCGGACGAGGUCAGUAACGUUAAGCCUGUAGCUGAUCCAUCUGUGAAAGCAUCGGAGGUCCUGGAUGAAACGUAUGGGGGAGCAUCGCACGGACAUGCUCCCCCAUACUUUCAAGGAUGCACGUGAAAGAUGAAUCACGGCCAAUUCUAAUAGUGGAGGAAAUGUCACAAGGUGGAACGUUACAGCUUCCUUUGGAGGAAACUUGAGCUCCGCGAACGCUAGCAACGUUUCUGCAUCAACAGCUACGCCGGAAGCGAGAGUUGAGACAGAGCAGGAGCAAGGGCAGGAAUCCUUUUUAGAAGGAGAGGGGAAGAAGUUAUGAAGACAAUCGUGCCACGCUUUUUCACUUCAUAAAGAUACAUAUAAUGAUAGUAACUAAGGGGCAUCAAGAUCAAGUGCAUCACACUAUUCUCUUCUUCUAACGGUAGAAGCUGACGACGAGGAUGCUCAGAGUCUUCAUCGUCUUGAGAAGCAUGAGCCUGACGAAGACGAGGAAAGUGAUCAUCUUGAUGAGGAGGAUGGCGAAGAAGAUGAAUUGAAUUUGAAUCGCGGAGAUCAUUUACGGCUACUUACGUUAUUAAAAUUGAAGGUGUUCCUGUUAGUUAGCGUUUGUUUUGCCUCCCCUAACAAGGGAGAAAGGCAGUAACAAAUUAUGGGAAACAUCAGAAACACCAAACCCCUUGUGCCUCUAAGACACUCAUACGAGGACCAACUUUUUCACGAGGACCACCACGAUAACCACAAUUUCCUUCAGCGUCGUGAUGCUCUUGCUCAUGGGGUGGACUAUGAGCAUGAUCACUACCAUUACAAGAGCAGCUACAACAACAAUGAGGAUGAAGAUCAUCUGAGCCAGAAUUUUCUUCAAUCCGCUGCUCACAACCAUGGCCAAAGACGAGAGAACGAGGAGGACCAUCACCUCCACUACGACGGUGAACUGCUACACGAUCGUCGGGGAUCGCCAUACAACUACCCGGCUUAUAAUUACCAUCAACCCAGUGAAGGAGAAGACGAUGAACAGAACAAGGAGCAACAGCAUAGCGUUCGUGAAGAAUCUAUGCUGGAGUACGGUGCUCGCCAUCAACUUAUGAAGGCAAUUAAAAAGUUUCAACGAUAGCGUGAGCGAUAGUGAUUAUACUGACUAGUUUCCCUGACUCCGUCUAGACGUUACCGUUAGAUAUGAUAAGGAAAGAGCGAUAAGCUUUAUGUCGUUCCGAACCUUUGUUGUGUUUCCAAAUAGGUAAGACUUGUUCUUGUAGUUAAUGUUAAAGUCGGUGUAUGAUGUCUUGUUGGAGCCUGAUAAUCUUCGUCCUGCUCUAACCCUUGGUCUUACAUCCAGCACAUGAGCGCGAAUCAUUUGGAUCACGCCGGCUACGAGUAUCACGCCGGCUACGAGUAUCACGGGAACUACAACUACAACUCAACAGUCGCUCAACAACAACAAAUGGUCUCUGGUGGACGCAGUUCGAGUUUCGCUCAAUCUUCUCGUUCUCGGACAGGCUCCCCCGCGUCUAGCAUGUCAUCAGGCUCGGCUUCGUCUCGGCCAAGCUCAGCUAGUUCUCAUGGACCAAGUGUAAGAAGGGAUCGAUAUGGAUAAAAUCAAGAACGUUACUAAAACAAAAUUUGUUAUCGAAUAGUUCUUCAUCUUGUAAAUUUAAACUUGCAUCAUCAUUAUAUAUCUAUUUUCCGUGUAGCUUGACUCUUUCUUUUUCGGACCCCAUGUGCUUCUACGUCAGUUGUAUCUAGUAAAUAGAUACUAGAAAUAGAUUUAGAUGAUAGUAGUACAGAGCUAUUACUGUUGCUGUUUCUCUACAUCUUGUUCAACAUCUUGCUGUUCAUGGGAGGAACAUUAACAAGGAAGAGCUCAAUAUGGUUACUGAGUGAUAACUUCACUACUAGAUGAUACUGAUACAUCUUUUCAUCGUCGUGGUCAAUGGUUUACAGGGUCACAAAGUGGAGGUAGUUCUUUUCGUGUGAUUGAGUAUCUAGUGAAUCUAUGCAUAGUUGUGAGCAUAUAUUUUCUUGUAUUUAAACAGACGUAGAGGAUUAUCUACUGACAAAGGAAGUAGAUAAGCACUUCAUCUAGGACGACUAGGUGUACAGAUCAUGUCCACAGUCAGCUGUCCUGGAAGAUGUCUGGCCACUGGCAGAGCCAGGACCACUUCUAACCUAAGUCAAAGACAUGCGCGAGUUUGCAACUGCACAGAGACAGAGGUGUCCUGUUGUCGAAAAACGCAAAAGCGACGAGAGCGAAGAAGGAGCAGGCGCAGAAGCUAAACUGCGACGACGCUUCGUGCCGAAGCUUUCUCCGGAGAACACAAAAAUCCUCGAGAGAGGGGGUAUAAAGACGACGCUCAAUGUUACGGAGUGGUAUGAUAAUGUGCGUGUAUUUGUAUAUAUAAGCAUUGGAGGCUAGGAGCGCAAGUUGUAGAAGAUCGAAUUAGAUGUAGAUGCAGAUGGAGUGAUAUUUUUUAGUUUUCAAUGAUCAUUUACCAACUUGAUCGUCCCAAAUGAAGUAGAAGAUACGUCACACUUGUGCAUCUUAGCAUCUUUGAAAAACGUAGCAGAUUCAGAUCAACGAACAAAGGUAGCGGAUUUCGUCUCAUGGUGAAUUCUUCGAAUCUUCCAGCAAUCGCAUUUCCCAUAUUACUACUCAGCUAUUUAUAAUGGAUGAAGUUGUGAAGAAAAAAACUCUAACAUCCCGGGGGAAAGCGAUCCGGACGGUGUUUACAUCUUCGACGAAAGUCUUCGUCUCGAACUUCUUCAAGGCUUUGCAGUAUGCGAAGCACUUGAGUACUACGACAUCUGCACGACGACACACGAAUACGCUGAGCUGUUGCAGACGCACAUCAGUGAAGCUGCAGUUAAGGCCAAACUUUUAUAUUAUCGCUCCCUGUUCGUUGACCAUAACCAUCACUGCAAGGCGGUUUCUUGUCGAUUUCUUGGAAGAUUAUAAGUGAUCAGGAGAAGUAUUGUUCUGGGACAAAAAUAGGUUGCACGGCGAGCGCGGUAGCUGCCUCCUGCUAUUCGUGAACACAGAAAUAGACCAAAGACGCACCGGAUUGAAAAAGAGUUCCCACUUAGCUAUAGUAUAUACUUUUACUUAUGUUCCAGGGCGCGGGGCGGCGCCCCCCGCCUCAAAAGAGGCCCAAAGGGCCGCCUCCGCUCCCUUCCAGGUGCUUGGCUAUCCCCUGAAGUAGGCAGAAGGCCCCAAGAGGGGCUCAAGGGGCCGCCUGUACCCUCCGGGCCCUUGGUCGUCGGCUUGCUUGCUCUUGCGACCGUGGCCGCCUUCGGCUGCCUUUUACCCCGGAGGCCUCCCGCCUGCGAGGUUCAGCAGGGGCCAGGAGGUCCCCCAGGAACACGCUGAGAGGCCCAAGGGGAGGCCCGCGCCAAGUUUUGAUGCCGUCCACCACUAGAAUCCGCGAAAAAUCCGCGCGGGAAAGCGCGCGCGCGCGCCACCACCGACCAGACCACAGGGGGGGAGGGGGGGGCCGUCUGGCCCUGCGUCCAUAUAUGGCAUAACUAUAAGGCCAAAGUGACAGAGGAGCCUGCCUUCUUUGUUAUCAUCUACAUGCCCUUCAAGGGCUUGCUGCGCUGGGCAUAGUUUAGCACUUAGCAACAAGGCAGAUAAGACAAACAAAGCAAGCUGCUACGCUAUCGAGCUAGCGGCGCGCGGCUGGCUUAGAAAGGACCGGCGUGGACGCUGGCGACUGCUAAGCCAGCUGGGUAGCGAUUUCUAGGCUAUCAAGCCGGAGCGGCUAUGGAAAGCUAGCUUUGGGCCUGGGGAGGCUGCUCGGUAGCGAGCUGGCCAUGCUUAGGCCAAGAGGCUAGCCCUGCCGGGCUAAGCCAGCAGGGUGGCCAUGGCUGGGCUAGCAAGCUGGCAAUGGCUAAGCCAGCGCCAAGCCGGGACGCUUGCGGGCUAAAUAAUAUGGCUAACUUAGCAAGAUUGUAAUGGCGCUGCAGCUAGCACGCUGGCCAUGGCUAAACAGCUGCUACAAAGAUAGACAAGGCGAAGCAGCUAGCGCGCCGGCGAUUAUAGCAGCUAAGCAGCCAGUAGCAAUCUAGCGAAAUCUAUGGCCAAGCAGCUAGCAAGCUGGCCAGGGCCAAGCAGCUAGCAGGCUAGCUAUGGCUAAGCCGCUAGCAAGCGUGGAAGCUAUGGCUAAGCUGCGAGCGCUAGCAAGCUAGCCAGCUACGGCCAACCUAGCAAGCAAACUAGCUUAGUUAGCUACGGCUAUCGAAGGUAAGCAGCGAGCUAGCCACCCAUGGCUAAGCUAGUAAGUGGAGGCCUUUAAGAGGUGUCCCUCUCGGAAGGGUCCACUAUUAGUUUAGCCCAGUUUUAUUUUUUUAGAAAAGUUUACAUAUAGAACGGGCGUAGGAUGGACUUCGAUGGAUCGGAUGGGCCCCCUUCAGUCUUCUGAUCUUGCUGGAAAUGGUGGGCCAGUUUUAUUCUAGAACAAUUUAGAGAACGCGCGUAGGAUGGACUUGAAUGGAUCGGAUGGCAUGGGCCCCCUUAAGGAUUUUGGUCUUGCUUGAAAUGGUGGGAAGUCCAUCGGGCCCGCCCAUUCCGUCCCGGAUCUGGCACCCUUGUAAGUUACUUAUUGUAUCGAUUACUUUUAGAGGCAAGACGAGGCUUGUCACUUUUUUCGGCAUCAUAGUGAGCGAGGAGCUGAAAAAAAGAAAUCGCUCAGCCAUAAGAUAAGGCGGCGCGUCUCCUUUCUGUCGUUGUCGAGUGUGUGAGUCUGUGCAUUUUUGAGAAGAUUCUUGUGGGGAAACAUAGGGGAAAAAGUGAAGGAGCUUGCUACGGUACUCGCUGUAGCUGCUUAGCCAUUAUAGCUAGCGAGCUGCUUGGUGGCUGCUUCCUUUGCGAGACCUGGCUCGGCUGCUGUUUUCUUCGCCAUAGCCAGCUGCUAGCUUGGCCUUGCAGUGGCAGCCAGGGCCAGCCUCUUUGCCUAAUCUUGGCCAGCUUGCUCGCCUCGCCAUAAGUGUCUAGCCCCUUAGCUUUGCCACGGCCACUCCAGCUGGGCUCGUUAGCUUAGCCAAAGCCAGCCUGCAACUGUAGCCACGAGACAGCAACAGCCAGCCCGCUCGCCAUGUUUAGCAAUGUAUGAGGGGCGUCCACGGUAGUCCACCCUGAACCCGCUGCGCGUCGCUAGCUUAUUGCAAAAAGAGGCGCCCACGAAAUGGAUCCCCGAAAGUUGCCGAAGGUUGGACUCCGAGCUGUCUAGCAUAUUCUUGGAGCUUGUCACGCUUGCAACUGCGCCCACCUAUGAAGCAAGGCAGAGGCGUGGCUUGUGGGUUGGUAUGUCUCUACGCGUGUGCAUUCUGUUUGCGUCGGCUUACUUUGCGGCGUCUGGGUGGAUCUAUGUACCCGCGUGCUGCAUCUGCGUAGGUGUCAGCCUCUUCACAAGUGGGGCCGUGGCUAUGGUAUGUAUGUGCCACGGCGUGGGAGAGUGCUGCCCAGUAGCGGCUGACAAGUCGGCAGCAUCUGCCGCGCCGUAGCUUGCUAGAUUGGUGACUGGCUUGGCUGGAUGCGAGAGCACCUGCGCACGCCCUCCCAUGCCCAUAAGUAUGCACAUACCUACGCCGCGGCACGUCUCAAAGCUAGCACAGGUCUGGGAGAUGGGCUGGCCCGCGUGUCUGGGUUUCUCUCUCAGAGUGCGCGUAAGUAAUAAGGGUGUGAUUUUCUACGUUGGACUUGGAGGCCAUAUCGUCAACAAGUAGGCCUUACUUAGACAAAGGCGCAUCGCUUUUCCGUUGGUUUCUGAGAGUUUUUCUGCUUUCCGUUAGUUUCUGAAGAUUGCCGACUAUUUCCGUUCCCAUUUCUUGCGGCUCCGGCGCGCCGUUUCUUUCUGUUUAUUUCCGUCUUCGCCGAGGAGAGUUGCUGAAAGCUUCUGAAAGUUUCCGAAAGUUUCUAUAUAGAUAUACGGCCAGAAAUUAACGGAAAAAGGCGGAAACCCUCGGCAACUUUCGGAAACUUUCGGCAACUUUCGGCGAGAACGGAAAGAACGGAAAUGGGCGGAGCUCUGAAACCACAGAAAACGGAAACAGAAAUAAACGGCAAUAAUCGGCAAAAGGCGGCGGCUUGUUUUUCUUUCUUUUUUCUUGUCUCGUUUUUGAUAACGUUGCGCAAGUUUUUCUGGGUUCGUUGUGCAGGCUGAUAACGCUAUCUGAAAGAGACUCUGGGAAAGUCUUGAGCUUUGUGAGACCCUGAGCGACGAAGUACCGUUCGACAAAUGGGCGCCACUGUCUGACUGGCGAGCGGGUCAACCUAUAUGGAUACGAGCCAAGGCGUGGGCCCGUAUUGGUGUGCCCAAAUGCAUGCCAUGCCAUGGCGCAGACUUUUAGGCACAUAGAUAGAACUAGAAGCCAGCGCCGCGAGGGCGCCGCGUGCGGUAACAAUAUGCAAGACAGGCGCGCGCACCCAUCGGCGCACACCCGUGCCAUGGCUACAGGCUUCCACCUUGUGCGCGUGUCAAUCUACGGGAGCAGGAGCGACGCACAGAAGCAGAGAAAGAAGCGCGCCACCUGUGAGAUAACCAAGCGCCACGCGCAUAGCUAGGCGCGCGCGCGCUAUCUAUGCGCCUGACCUCAUGCCUAUGAUAGGCGCGCAAACAUCUGCGGCGGGCCGGGUGAGAGGAGGGGCGUCCAUGCAUAAGCGCCGCAACCAAGAUAGGACCACGGAGGCGGAAACGAUCCACACACGCAGCGACGCAGGGGCGCGUCGCUCGACAGAUUGCGCGCCUGGUGGAUUGGAGUCACUGGCAGCGCCUGGCGCGUCGGCUGGGUAGGCUGGUUCGUUCUUCCUGGCAAGCUGGCUCGGCGUAUCUGGCAGACAGAUGGGCCCCCUCUCUGCCAGUGAGUCUGCCUGACACGCAGAAAGGAAAGGGGCCCAGCAUGUGGCCCGCUUUGGACAGGCAGAGGCUUGGGGCUAGCCGUCGGCGGGUCGCGCGCAUGAUGGGCGGCGGCUCCCUACUAACUAGGUGCGUGCGCUCGGCUGGGCGGAGUUGGUAGGAAACCCCUCAAGGAAUUCACAACCCUCCGCGUCUGCCAGCGGGUCACGUUUGAAGACAAGCACGCCCCACAGGCGUCGCCUUCUAUCGAGUGUCUGAGAGAAAGCGCGCGGGCUGAACUUUCGGAAACUUUCGACCAGGACUUUUUUGCAAAGCUUCGAGGCUAACGGCCUUGCGUCGUGGUCUUAUCUGUCUGGUUGCUAACCUAUGCCCAGCGCAGCGGGCUUGGAAUGGGCUUGCUUUCUGGGCAUGUAUUAAUUUAUGCUGCAGGGACGCGCGGCCCUCCCCUCUGUGGAAGUGGGUGGCCUUAUGGUGGCGCUUGCGCGCUCUUUUCCGCGCUGCUUUUCGCGGAUUCUCACGUUGGGAGGCCUAAAAACUUGGCGCGGGCGUCCCCUUGUGCCUCUCUGCAUGUUCUUCGGGGCCUCUUGUCUUCUGCUGGCUGACCGUUGCAGGCUGGAGGCCUCUGGGGCAGAAGGCCGCCGAAGGCGGCCAUGGUCUCAAGGGCAUCCAAGCAGGCUGAUGACCAAGGGCCCGGAGGGUACAGGCAAUACGGCUCAGGGGGUCCAGCUUUGCGCCCUUUGCUCCCUUCGGAUGCCUUCCACCGCUGGCGCACUGCUGUAGCGGCGAAGCACGUGGGGAGUCUGUAGGGUACACGCAGGCAGCUGGAAGGGGGCGGAGGAGGUCCCCUGGACCCCUUUGGAAGCCUUCCACCCCCGGCAGACGCCUUCCAAAGGGGUCUGGGGAUCCACGCCCGCCCCCCUACGCUAGGGGGGCCGCUACCCUGCGCCCUGGAACAAAUAGAUGAUACUAAUAGCAGCAGGAGGCUUUGGCCCCUCUAGUCCAUUCCUUGAUGAUUUAGAAUAACAAUAUGUACGUAGAGCACGCAUCCAUGUCCAUCAUUUCUUCUUGAAAGAUAGUUUCUCUAUUCUCUUCUAAUACAACCGAUCUGAGGGACGAGAAAAGCACUGCGCACACUCAGGACGUUAGUACGCACGAAACCGUAGCCACGGUUGAGAGUAUGAAGGGGAGCACGAGCAGAGGCAAGGCAGAAAUAGAGGCACUAGUUAAGGCCAGCUCCGUGAAUGUCAAAGUCAAUGCUUUCUACCCAUCGGGGAAAGGGAAUGAAUUAAAACGAUGUCGCGUCAUUAGUAUAUAUGUUCCAGGGCGCGGGGCGACGCCCCCCCCGCUUGCGCCCUGGGCCCCUUUUUCUGGCGUCUGCCGGGGGUGGAAGGCCUCAAAAGGGGGCCCAAUGACUUUCCCCCCUGCGCUCCUCUCCAGCUGCCUGGCUGUUCCCUAGGGGCCUCCGCGGAUGGUGGGAGGCUUCAAAAGGGCGGGACCCCCUGAGCCGUGCCGCCUGUACCCUCCGGGCCCUUAGUCACCGGCUUGGCCGCUCUUGCGACCGUGGCCGCCUUCGGCGGCCUUUUACCCCGGAGCCCUCCCGCCUGCGAGGGUCAGCAGAGGCCAGGAGGCUCCCCAGGAACACGCUGAGAGGCCAAGGGGGAGGCGCGCGCCAAGUUUUGACGCCUUCCGCCACUAGAAUCCGCGCGGAAAAGCGCGCGCGCGCGCCACCACCGACCAGACCACAGGGGGAGAGGGGGGGGCGCCCGGCCCUGCGUCAUAUAUUAGAAAAAUUUAUCGAACGGGUGUAGGGUGGACUUGGAGGGCAUGGACCGGAUGGGCCCCCCUUGGUGGGAAGUCCUUCCAUUCGACCCAUCCGGUCCCUCUUGUCUUGGGUCGUUGUUCUAAUAUAUGAAUGUCAGCCACCCGCCCCUCUCCAUCCACAGGCCGGGGCCUGCUUCCCUGGUACAUAUAAAUAUCCAGUCUUGUCGUAGAUUGUUCUCCUUUUUUAUCUUUUCAUCUCCUUAUCCUGAAAAGUAGUAGAAGAAGUUGGUUUGUAAAUUUUCGAUUUCAGUGGAGUAGUUGUGAUUAUAGUCGUUAGUACAAGAUGUCGAUGAAAAACUCAUUGAAAAGCGAACAGCUGAAUUUUCCACACACGAACCUCUACUGAAAACUACUGACUAGUACGAUACAACCAAGGUGCUCUGCCUCUGGUUAUUAACAUAGUCGAAGCACCUGGUGCUACUUUCUGCAUAAUCAAAUCUUUCGCUUGCGGUGAAACUCAAACUCAAAGUCUACUUUCAUGGAGGUGGAAUCGAAACUACUAGAUAUUCUUGAAGAUGGGAUCGCUUUCUGGUCAUUUAUUGAUAUUUAUAUGCAAAGUUUAAGUAUAUGUUGGUCAUGGUCGUAAAUCCUUGAAACUAUCACAAAGAUCCACAAAGAUCAGAAGGAUGAAGAUCAUCAAAAUGACCAAGAUCGCCAGGCGAACAAGGUACCCACCGGCACCACUUUCAACGCGUUGGCCUUAGUUGGCGCGGGUGUCGGCGGUUUCUCCUCUCUCUCUCGUUUGUCGUUUCAAGCCUCUCAACACAGUCAAGGACAAAGCAACACAGGAAAGAUCUCAAGGAAACCUACAGACCUAAAUGCGUAUGGUUCCAAAAGCAACGAUCAACAGGCAAAGGACCUUCAACGUAUUCAGAUAGCAGAAAUAACGAAUGUUCAUAGCUGUAGCCAGGUUCAUAACGUCUUGUCAGUUCUGAUCAGUUCAAAGAGCAUAAGGAUGAUCGUAUGAGUCAAUGAUGAUGGCAUAGGUGUUCCCAUAUGAAGCAUAUGAAAGUUUCCCCAUGCAACACGAUAUCCCAAUGAAAAGCUGAGACUUCCUUCCCUUGCAACCCCAAUGAACAUCCACAGGGAUCAAAGCAGCCAGAGAUCAUUCGUCUCAGGCUGUUAGUGCAAUCUGUAUCAAACUCAAGCGUUUCUCAAUGAGAAACUAGACGCGACUUAACAGUCUGUGUUCGAAUGUUCCAACACUGCUUUGAUCCCUUGUUCCAACAGUAUAAGUUUAUCAAUUUGAUGGUGCGCCAGAUCAUAAAGAUGGUUGAUAUUAUUAUUAUGCAGGAGUUGCACUUGUAGACCGCUCUAAUGUAGAAAAGCUUGUUGACGACAUAGAGGCCCAUCGACGCUAUCCGCACCCCCUGAGACGAGCGCUAGAAGCACUACGCUUCUACCCGCAAAAGGACGCAACAAAGCUGUGGAAAACACUAGAAGAAGAAUAUGCCAGCAUAAAAACCAGUACAACAACCAGUGGACCACGAGGUCAAGAGCAGAAAGCCGACGACCCCAACGUAGAUGAAGAAAGAGCACCAAGGGAAGAAAUAAUAGCAAGUAUUAAACUACAAUUUCCGGCCGCGGUCUCUAGGAUCGAGUCCACGAAGAUCCCUUCUCACUCUCUCAUUCGCCUCAUCAAAUAUGGAUGAUGUUUACUCUCUCCAUCCUCACGACCAUCGAGGCUCCCCCAUGAUCGGGUACACGUUUUUCAGGGGAAAAGGGUAGCCAUGAUGGUCUAGCUCUAGAGGGGAGAAAAGUAACAUCAUCCAGAUCAACGAGUGUGGUCUUGUCGAAGGAUUUCACAGAGUGGACGUCGAUGAAGAAGCAGGUGAUCAUUCUGCCAUGUCGGAAAAGGACCUUGAGGCAGACGCCGAAUCGGAGCACAGUGCGAGCGAAAUACGAGCAGCUGAAGCUAAUCCUAAUAAGCAUUUUGAUGAAAUAUUUCGAGAGGCAGAAGAGGAAGUGGCUGCAAGCCUCGGCAAGCAACGCCGGAUACUCAACCAGGCCGAAAAAGACUACCAAAAAUUAAGAUUGUUGAGUAUGGGUUAAUCGACUUUAUUUGCAACAACGGCACUUCUUCUCAUGAUCGUCGGCUACUUCUAGACAUCUUCAAUUGCGUUCGUGAAAAUUAUGAGGCUGUUAUUAUUUGUGAUCAUCAUCAGACAUUACUUCUCACGUUAAUGACGUAAAACGACACUGAGUAUGCAGUCGUACCUGGAAAAUGACCGCACCUAGCGACCCGUUCUAAUCAGUGACCUCACGUCAAAAUUGGCGAGGUUGGAAAAGCAAAAAGCAAAGAGGCUGGUGGAUGAGGAGGCACUUAGUGACUACGCGUUGUCGUUGACCAGGAAGAGGGACAGUGACGAGAAACUCGUCAAGGAUGACAGCCAUGCAGCAAAAAAAGAAUCUCCACAAGAAAGGUUAAGCUGUCCAAUUAUAUGCAAACUCCACAAUCCCCAUUCCAAGUAGAAGACUAUCAUCUAUCGAAAAAAACACAACUCUUCUUUCACGACUUUCAUUGAGAUUUACUACAAGUUGGAACACGAACAAGUUAAACUUAUGAUAAUACUUAAAUUUAGUGGUGGUCAUCUCGUCCUGGGUAUCAUACUACUAGCAAGACGAUUCCUUGUAAUUAACCAGCCAAAAAUCUACUAGUCCCUUCAGAAUUAUUUACCGAACGGGAUCUCCACAUCUAGAAGAUGAAGAGGGCCUGGAGAACAUCAAAAACAAAAAGGACUAGCUCUAACAAUGCUCGUAGAACUGCUGGAUGGGAUGUUGCAGGAGCUCGGCACCACGCAGAUGCUCUUAUCAACGUAUGCUGGGCUGGAGAUGACAUCAACGAAGAUCACGCAAGAACGCGAAAAACUACCAGAACACUUGUCGGCAUCAGCCUUCGUUCAAAUUGUGAUGUUUCGCGCCUAUCAAGCAUUCGCGAGAUUAAGGGUUUGACUUUGGCUUUUCACUAUGCGUAUGCAGAAGCAAGAAUGUCAAGAAGUUGAAGUUCAUCUUGUUGCGAAAUUAUUGAAGAGAUUGCUCUACCAGAAAGGGACUUGGUAGUUCUACCUUAGAGCAAAAAGGGGCUGUGCUGGAUCAUGAUCCUUGAAGGCUUCCAGGCAUUCUUCAUCAAUGCCGUCAGCAUAGUGAAAUAACGCGUCUGGUACUCCUAAAGAGAGCACAUGGGCUCUACGAUGUGUUUUCCGGUCAGAAUUGCGAAGCCUAUCAGCAGACCACGAAGUGCACUGAAGCUCAGCGGUUAUGUUGCUAUAAUAGGAAGGUUGUCAGAGAAAUCAUAGGUGGCAACUUCAACUUGCCGAAUGGAUCAUUCAAAUGCUCGAAGAUGGCUAAUCUCCGUUAGCACAGUAACAUCUAUGCAAUGUGUUUAUGCUGUAUUUGAUAUGCUGAUGCUGUAUAAAGCAAUAGUCCCAUGCCGAGAAUGUCCAAGAAGACCUAGUAGAUGACCACCUGCAUGAACAAUAUGACUCAUCACAUAUUAUAAUAUAAUAUAUGAAACGCGCUAAUACCUCUGGCAAAAAUAGCCUUUGACGGAUCCAUUGAAGCCUUGAAGUUUAAGGAGCAGACCGGGACGUGGCUCGGUUAAGGCUAUUUGCUUCGAACGACCUUUCUGUGACUACAUCGCUCUUUAAUAGGUUUAGUACUCCUUGGGACUCAAUGAAAAUUCAUGGAUUUAAAUCUACCUGAUCAUGAUCAUAGGAACUGGUGAGUUACAGACUUCAAACUACAUAAAAGCCAGGCACUCUUCGUUGUAGCCAUAUGUUCUAGUUUUUCUUUACCUUCUACUUCUCUCCUUAUCUGACUCGUACCACCUGAUUAGCGAAAAAAAUGAAGUCAGUGUUUGGUUUUGCUUUUUUCCUGUAAUCUCAACGGUCUAGGUUGUUAUCAUUUUUAUUCGGCUUAGCAACCCUUGCAUGGAUGGGGAUUACCUUGGGUGACAUGUUGGAAUUGGGAUUUCAUAGGUAAAGAAGAAUUUCUAAUAUUUCGCAGUUUGAAUAGUCGAAAACGGAAAACAGUUUUUGUUUUCCGCAAUCGGAGAACAAGUGCUAUACUAUUUACUAGCUUUAGCUGUACCAAAAAUACAAUACAUCAUUAUAUAUAAGAAGGCACUAGAUUACUAGAUUGUUGAUUGAUGCGCCUAGCAAAUCGCUCUAACGACCAGUCUUUCCGGUCAACUCGGCCAAGAUAGCAUUGGAGCUCCAGAGAAGCCGCUUUGACCUGCAGGUCGGACCUGGUGCAGACUACGAGGAGCUUCACAAAGCCAUCUCCGCCAACAUCAACGCGCUUCGUAAUGGCUUCCAGGCAAAGAUCAGUGAAGCACUAGACACGCUCGUAUACUUAAGGGUUGUGAGAAGUAUAACUUGACGUAUCUAGUAAUAAAAUACGCACAUUUAAGACUUGGACUUUUUCAAGAAAUAAAGCCAUGAUAGAUAUGCCAGCUAGAUAGGUCAUCAACCUGAGCGCCCUAAUCAAACAAGGAGACACGCAGGCACAUGCUGCCCAAGAAACAUCUGUAGCGCGUGACUCGACCACGGCCGAUGAACAACUUAAAGCUGAAGGGAGAGGGAGUCUGGAACUACCACACGAAAGAGAAGUUGCUCUAUCAGACACUACUAGAGAUGUCCAUGGCCCUGACGGGAGUGCAAAACUAGACUUAGAAAUAAGUAGUGAUGUUUCAGACACUAGAGAUAACGGGAGUGCAAAACAAGACUCAAGUGGUGAUGCUUCAGAACUUGAAGAAGGGAGUGUGGAAGAUGCUUUGCUCAAGUUUGUAACAACCGAACAUGAAAUGAGAGAUAAGUUGCAGAAGACACACAUACAAGUCAAGAGCAUCAAUACGCAGCAGAUAUUUGAGCUAGAAGAUGCUAUUAAGCAGAUUCAAGCUGCUCGUAACCAAAUAAUGCACGAGUAGAAUCAGAAGAAAGAGAAAUGUGAUGUGAUAAAAAUGAUAGGUGGUGGUAUGAAGAUGCUAGCUGUACUAGUAGUUCUACAACUUCUAUACUGUACUUAGAGUCACCACGACCUGCAACCGUCACCUCCAACCACUUGCACGAGACUUAAACGCGGAGGUAACAAUGUCACCUUUCGCGAGAUUCUGUUUCGAGUAUGCCUCAAUGUAGGCAGGUCUUCGACAUUGAUACAUACCUCUUAUGAACUUGACAGCACCAAGACCAACAAAGAAUUGGAUCUGUUUGCUCGUCUUGCCAGUAAUUUAGAGGGGCUACUUGAGACGCGGACACCAUGAUGAUGAUCAUGUGUCAAAUGUUGAGUAGUCGAAGCAGCAUCAAGGUGUGUUCUAGGUCUUCUUGGAGAGAAAGAGGGCAACGUCGUAGUCAUCAUGAACUACAAC